UCACCCCAGGAGAAAAAUAUGGCCUUGAAAUAGACAUAUGGAGUUUGUGAGUAACAGGAUUUCAUUUCGAUUUGUGUUACCUCUAUGUCAUAUGAAUAUAUGUCCUAAUGCUCAAACUAGCAGUGGGUCCAACCAGUAUAGAAGAUGCCUUUUUUGUGUUUGUGUGUGUGUGUGUCUCACAGUUAGUUGCAGACAUGUUGAAUGAUGGAGGAAAUCCCUCAAAGGUAAAAAUAUUAGGUUGUAGGAUUUAUAUGUUUGGAGGUUCACUGAAAUCAAAAGAUAUUUAACACAGUGGACCAACAACAUGAAAAACUUCCAAGUUCUUUAAAGUUAUUUCACUUCCUCUAUUUUCUACAUACCAUUCCCCUCUUUCCAGUAUUUAAUAAAAAAAAUUAAGAUAAUUAGUCAUGAUUAGUUUGAAUGCUUUGAACCUUAUUUCCUUCCAUGAAAGUAAUACAAUAUAUAUUUUUAACAAAGAUAAUGUCCCCAAAAGUAUAACCACUAACAACUCUAACCAUUCUAACCAUCUGUAGGAUUGCUUCUUUAUUCCUUUCCUUCUUCUCUCUAUAGAGGUAUUGUGAUGUACGCCAUGUUGAUAGGCAAGCUCCCCUUUACCACGCCUUAUACAGAUCAGUAUCGAAGACAGAAACUUGUGCAGCAAAUGGAGAAAGGAUUAGUUGAAGUACACAAUCAGGAAAUGGCCCAUCUUUCAGCAGGUGACAUUAUAUCCAAUUUUUUUUUUGAGAUUGUUGGAGGGGGGGGGGGGGGGGGGUUGUUUGUGUUUUGAAAAAAUGUUUGGGUGUUUUGAUUUUUUAAUAUUUUAGUCAUGAUCACUGCAAAGGAGGAUUUCAUUUUAAUUCCGAAUUUGUAUGAACAACAAUCUUUUAAAUUGACCAUUGCACUAAUUGAUUCUAGAUUGUCAAGACUUACUUCACAAAAUAAUAGAACCGUCGCCAAGCCUACGUUUGCCUCUGCUGGACAUGGAGAUUCAUCCAUGGGUUACAGAAAAUGGAAAGAAGCCAUUUUUCCCAUUUGGGAGUUUUCCUCGCGAUAAAAACAUGAAAACACAGGUACAUAAACUGUUGACGUCUGUGUGAAACAAAUAUUAGUGCAGUGUAGUUUGAUCUGAUGUUGUUUCUUUUAUUUCUAUAUUCAUUGUAUGUGUAAGAUGUGAAGUUCUAGCAAGACUUGUCGACGUCAGAGAGGGGGCUUUGGUGGGUUUGAUCAGAUCAGUGCAUAAUUAAAUUUGCAUUCCACAUGAUUAUCUAAAUUACUAAACAUGUAUACAUGUCACAUUCUGAUGUUAUAUUAUCUAUAUUAUCAUAUAUCAUAACAUUUUUUUUUUCAAAACAUAAUUAAUAAAUAAUUUAUACAGCUUCUUUCACCAGAUAAAGGAUCACAAUUAUUUUUUGGUCACUUAAAGCUUAAUUAAAGAAUGAAAAGAAACUGAUGAUUGAACUCUCAACAGAUACUUGAUGAUUUAAGAUUGCUGAUGAAAUAGAAAGUGAUGCAUGAUGGUCCAUAGGCCUAUGCUACUGUGCUUGAAAAAAAUAAAUAGUCAAAUUUUAAUAUUAUAAUGAAUGAAAAGAGUAAAAAGCACUCAUUGUGAUCACCAUACCUUUCCAUGGCAUAUAACAGCAACAAUUUUGAAAAACAUUAUGCAACAUUUAUAUUUCCUUCAAACCUUAAGGAUCUUCUCUGCAUCCAAUCUUUAUUGUAUAUAUAGAAGACUUUAUGAAACUUUAUGUGAUAGCUGAGAUUUUUUUCAUUGGCUGUAGAAAUAGAUUAGCGCAUCUGUUGAGAGUUCUUAACUUAUGUCUGCAUCACAGCUGGAAUCUAUUGCUAUUGAUGUUGUACAAACAGUUAUUGUCUGUGUGGGUGUGUUCUGGUGUGCAAGAUUGUGUUCUGUUGAUCAAUUGGUUGAAUACCUAUUAAAAAGUACCUUUUACUUCAUUUGCCUAGCAAGUAAAGCUACUUUUAUUUUCAAUCCUUUUAGUAAUUUUACUUGCUAAUUUGUACUCAUGCUAGCUUUUUUAAUUUUUCACUAAUUUGAAUAAAACCGGCAUUUUUAUAUAUCAUACUCAAUUUUUUUCAUUUUACCAUAAUAAAAUUUUUUUACAUAAUUUACAGCAUAAAAUUAAAUUCUCCAGCACCUCACUAAUCUUCUACCAAAAAUUUCUCAUAAUUUUAUCUGCAGGAAUUUAUAUUAAAGUUAUUUAUUAAGUAUUUUGUAUCAUGAGUGCCUUAAAAUCAUUAGUACAAAUAUUAUAGGCUAUAGGGAUGAUUAAUUAAUUUUUUUUAUUAUUUUUAUAUAAUGAUUGAUAAAAUUCUUAUCCAGAACAUUAUCAUACAAUUACAGAAAUUUUGACAGUUAUUACCUUAUAUAUGAGCCAUCGUAACAAGGUUUUUAGUGGAACAGAAUAAAGGACAAAUUUUUUUGUAUCAAACUGUCUGGUAUACAGAUUUUACAAAAUUAGCUUCAACAAUCAAAGAAUUAAAUUUUGCAGGCAAGAUCUAGAAGUUAGAUUAUGCAAUUUCAAAAUUAUUAUUUUUCCCCUGUCUAAUUGCACCCAAUCUUUAUACAAAAUAAUAAAAAAAAUCCCACUACAUUUUUGGAAGAAGUAUUCUUUUUUAAAUACAAGAUUUUCUUUCCCAUGAACUUUUGAAACAUUUUUUUUUUUUUUAGAAUUGCAUGUUUCAAAAGUUCUUAUCUUUACUCAAAUAAUCAUCACAUUUACUUUUUAUUACUUUUUUUAAAGAUUAAUUUGAAUUGCUUUGCAAUCAAGGACACAUCUUUAUUAAUAGACCAAAGAGUGAAUGUAUGGACCUACUGUCAACCAUGUAACCUUAAUCAACAUUUUAACCUUUGUUAAUUAUGAAGUAUUGUUGCAGCCAUUAUACUGAUCUAUUAAUCCCCCCCCCCCCCUAAACUGCUUUCUAAUAAAUUUAUUUUUCUGUUGUUUUCAUUUCUUUUUAAAAUAUUAUUAUUUUGAAUGUAUGGACCUACUGUCAACCAUGUAACCUUAAUCAACAUUUUAACCUUUGUUAAUUAUGAAGUAUUGUUGCAGCCAUUAUACUGAUCUAUUAAUCCCCCCCCCCCUAAACUGCUUUCUAAUAAAUUUAUUUUUCUGUUGUUUUCAUUUCUUUUUAAAAUAUUAUUAUUUGAUCUCAUUAAGUAAAUUUCAUUUCCAGGUUUUGUUUCAAACUGCUAGACAAUUCAUUCUCUACUAUUUCUUUUUUUACAUCUCAAAGGUGUUUUAUUAAAAAAAAGAACAUUUUUCAUGUUCUAGCAGCAUAUAAAAUUUAACAUGAACCAAUGUUUAAAUUAGCAUUUACUUGUUUUUGUUGCUUGAAUCACUUCAUUACUUCUAAUUAAUUUCACACUUAAAAGUAACUAUAAUUGAAUACAUUUUCCACAAAUUUUAAUUAUAAAAAUGUUAAUUUCAUUAACUGAAUAAAUUUCAGAAAUACUCUGCUGAUAAAUCGUUUCUUGAAGAUUUAAAACUGAAAUCUCAGCUUUCAUUUCUCUCUGUUAUGACACUUUUUAGAUAUAUCACUUCUUCUAAUUCUGAGAAUAACAUAUAAGAGUUAAUUUUCUUGUUUUCUAUCAUCAUCAUCGUCAUAACAUUUUGUUUGUCGCCCAUCCCCAUGGCGCUGUAUUUCCUGCAUAGGUGCAGGAUUCCAUGACUAGUCUCGAAGAAGAUGAGGUAACUCAUGCAACUUUUCAAACAUCCUGUUUUCUGAGAUUCAGUCAAGCUUUCUAUUGUUAUACAUGUCUGCAGUUUAAGAGUUGAAAAAGCCUUUACUGCAAUUUACACAAAAAAUAUAUAUUAAACAUUUCUAUAAUGUUACAAAUAAAUUGGAUGGUCAACUUAAAAUUUAUUAUACAUUUGAAAAUCAAUUCUAAGGAUUCUGACAUGAAUAAAUCUUUAAAAAAGCUUGGACUUAAUCUCAAGGCAUCAUUAGAACUUUGUGUCUGGUAUUUGCUUUACUGUAGAUCCUAAAUAAUGUGAAAAACACCAAAAUGUUUCUCUUUUUUCUUUUUUUUUUUUGUGUGGAAAAUUUCAUUUUUCAAUAAAAAUUAUAAAAUUGAAGAAAGAAAGACAAAAACCUGCCACGUGGAGAGGAUUUGCAGUAAAACAAGCUAAAUGUUGAAUUUUAAUUUACCACUGUUGUCCAGAUGUCCUAGGCACAUUUCAUUGUAUUCAGUACUGGCCAUCAUCUGUUUGUGUCUCCAUUUAAAAUGUGCUUACAGUACAAUGAUCAGGUAGUUGGAUGCGGAUAUGGAUGUCUGUUCUAGUUGUUGCCACACACAAAAUCACAUGGUGGGAUUUUUUUUAGUCUGUUCAAGCUGUUCUGAUUUUUUUUAAUUUUUUACAUCAUUUCCAUUUUUCUUUUUCUUAAUGAACUUUUUAAAAAAAUUCACGUCUGGACGUAAAAUAAGCAGUGGAUCUCCCAUUUUGUGUAUGUUUAUUUUAAGCCAUGAGAUAUUUCAAAUUUGAUAUGAAACUAAUUGCUCAAUGUUUACCGCAGCUUUUAUUUUUUUAUGAGGACAUGUUUUGUAUAAUUUGAGUUUUACAAGUGAAAUGCAAGUUAAAAUUUCUUUACACACUGUUAAUUUGCAUAAUGAUUGUUACUAGUGUUGGAUGUUUGGCUGGGGCAUCUUGUUUUCAUUAUGAUCUUUAUUUUUUUUUAAUGCUUGAUGAAAAAUGCAUUGAAUUUGAUUAUUAUCUUGCAUCUUUUUUUUUUAUGACUAAUCUUAGAGCUUAAAAUUUCAUUAACUUAGAAAAUUGCUUAUUUAUUAUUUUAUUACUGUUUUUUAGUUGUGCAUUUAUCAAAUGUCUAUUUUAAAUCAAAUGUAGCAAUACCAAAAAAGCAUUCUGGCUGUGCAUGAUGUAAACAAUAUAGCUUGAAUUUCAAGGCAUGUACUAACACCAGCUUUAUUUUAUAAUACAUUGCUUUUUAAUAUAGAUCUAUAGUUAAUUCAAAUAACUGUUAACCAAUACUUAAUUUCAAAACAUUUUUUUUUUCAAAAUUGCUUAUGGAAUUUUUUUUUUUUUAACAGUAUGUUUGAGUAUGUAUGUGACUUUGUGCUGUUUUCAUUAUGUUCCUUAAAAAUAAUUCAUGUCUACCUCAUGAUAUACUAACUUGUAGCAUAUUGCUUUUUUACCUACAUAUCUAGUUUUGAGCAACAUCUUUAAUAACUUAUUUAAUUUUAUCAAUAAGCAUAUUUUAAAACAUGUAGAGUUGAUAAGCUUGUUGUUUGUGAAGGCAUAUUAUUUUCUAAAAGUUAUUUUAAAGAAUUUAGUAUUCUGUAAUUAUGAUGGGCAUAAAGCGUGAGCCUAGGUGGAUUAGAAAAAAUUCAAUAAAUAAACAGGUAAGAACUCAUAAUUUUAACUAUCUUCACAUUCAAAGUCAAUGUCCUAGUCUCAUGAGCAUUGCAAUGUGAAGCACAUCUAAAUUUUGUUUGAAAUUACAGUUGAAAAUUGCCUGCUAUUACUUGCAAAGAACACUUUAGUUACACAAUGAAGCAUUUGCCCUUAGAAUGACUAAUGUUGGAUUUUGAUUGCAUCUUGGGCAUGCUCUUUAAUACUUUUGACUCCACCCACCCCCACAUCAACAAACAUGCUCUUUUUUUUUAAUAUAAAAAUGCAAUGAUGUUUGUGAAGUCUCUGAGAAAUAAUCACUCAUUUUAAUAAUUGUAUAUUUUUCCUAAUCUGUGUCUCUCCAACUUCCUUUCACUGAUUAUCUUUUUCUGCAUUCAGUUUCAUGUUGUUGGGUCUUUUAUUAUUUUAUUUAUUUUUUUCGUGGGGAGGAGGGGGGUGCUCCGGUUUUAAUGCAUCCAACUUUUAGGCACUUAAAAUAAACAAUACCUUGAUAUUGUCAUUCUACAUGAGGAACUGAAAUGUACAGAAUGAACAUGACACUACUUAUUAUUAUAAAGAAUUCCUUUCUUGUAAAAUAGUAUAGAAAACUGAUAAAUGCUUUUUUUUAAUUUCUUAAAAUAAAAUAAAUCCAAUGAAAUAUUUGUAGGAAUUAUCAAUUUUUUGUGUGUUUCUCUGCUUGUCUUAAAUUUUUUACAAUGUUCUUAAUAUAAGUCUUAAGUCAUCAACCUAUAAGUUACAAAAUUCAUAGAUAUUGCCAAGAUAAAAGAAAAGGUACUUCUUGUUAAGGUCUAGAGAUUAUGUACAGAAUAAUGAUUUUAUUUUCAGACUUUGGAGGAGCUGGCAACUGCUUUGGGGACAAGAAAAGAUCUCUUAGAACAGAAAGUGGCGGAGAAUAAAUGUGAUGAGACAUCUGCAAUGUUUAAUAUGAUUUUAGACAGGAAGCGUCAGCAACAAGGUUUGCAAAAGAUAUAUACUGAAAUAGUCUUUUUCUGGCUUUAUGACUUCUGACAUGAGAAAACCAGUUUACUUAUACAUUAUUGUUUGAUCUUACAAAUAAUGAUAAAGCUUGAAAAAAUAUAAAAACAUAUUGUUAUAUUGAUAAACUUACAUCAAACCUAGUUGGAAAUGAGGCAUUGUACACAUUCCUCUUGAACUAUUUUAAAUUGAUAGACAACCUAUUUUGUUUAUUGAAAAUAUGUAUAUUUUUUUAUGAAUGUCGCCUUAUUUGUAUGGGCUUUUGCUACCCACAACCAACACAAAAAAAAAUUGGGUUAGCUAUCAAACAAAAUAUGUAAUGUACUUUGAAAUACAUUUGUACUUUAAAAAUUAGACUAGUUGGUCUAUUUAAAAAAAAAAAAAAAUGUUUUGAUGUUAUGAGUUAAAUAUAAAAAGUUGUUUUUAAUUUAACUAAAUUAACCUUUAAAAAAUUUCUUUGUUUCCUAAUUCAGGAAUUUAUGAUGUUGAUCAUACACUUAAAGGUGAAAAGAAGGAACCCAAAAAGAGAUC